CACGUAGGCGGGGCUUCCUGAUUGAUCCACCGCAGCCUCCGACCCCGUAGCCCGCAGCCGGCCUGGCGUUCUUAAAGGGGCCGCGACCCCAUCCAGACUCUCAGAAUGCUGUUUCCUGCAGAUCUGCCUGGGAAGGGAGUCACGGUCCAGAGUCCUUGGCGCCGCUGAGAAUAAAGACCGAGAGGCAGCCGGGUUCUGGAGGCGGGGCCUCAGGCGGGGCCAGUGGUUUGCACCUGCUGAAGUCCCGCCCACAAGUUUCGGGUGCAGUUUCUCGUCUUACCAUCAGGGGGAAGGGAGCCCGCUUGCUUGACCGCAAAUACUAACUAACGUUGAGUGCGCUGCGCAUGCCAGCCUUCCUCUCGCCUGCCCAAACCCUGCGAGAUGAAUCCAGAGGUUAUGUGGUUCCCACCCAGGCUGCGCCCACACGUGUGGUGAGCAGGUGAGAGUCGCACGCAGCCCUUCUCUACCAGAUGUUUCCAUGCACAGGUGUUUCUUUGUGUGUGCCAUGGGGACACAGGUGCUUUCUUGGACACUUCCCUGACAGAUGAACCUCAUACACAACAAACCAGCUUGUGGAGCCCCCUCUGCGGAUGUCCUUCAGUGAGGAUGGAAGGCCUUCAAGAACGAAAUUCUGCUCAGGCGCUUUGUUCAGGUGUCUUUUUCACACAGGGGUUCACAGAGCUGCUAAAUCUGGUCUUGGAUCCUCCUGCUUCAGCCUCCUGAAUGUCUGCAUCACCAGGCCUGACUUCAGGUUUGAAUUCCUCAGUGUUACGCAUCAGAGCCCGCCCCUUACAGGUGCUCCCGCGGUGCGGCCCCGCCCCCUAGGCCCCGCCCCUCUCAGCCGGGCUCAGGUGCACAAGCCGGAAGUGCGCUCCCUGCCUAGGUCCCGAGUCGCAGGUGCCCUCCUCGACCCAAGAUGCGGUAGGAAUUGGAGCCCUGGGGAAUUCCUGCCCUUGGCGCCACCAGCUCAUCGUCCAAGCUCAUGGCGACCCCAGGCCUGGGGCUGCUCCUGGCAGUUGGUCUACCGAUGCUGCCCGCCGGCUGGAGCCAAGCGUCCACAGCACCGGACCCUUUCAAUAGCACGACUCCAUCCCCAGACCCUGAUUCCAGUGGGGGCCUGUCUUCAGGGGCCACUGUAGCCAUCGCUGUGGUCUUUUCCAUUCUGGGAGUCAUCCUCCUAGCGGUGGGGCUGUUCCUGCUGAUGCGGAAACUUCGAGAAAAGCGCCAGACAGAGGGCACCUACCGGCCCAGCAGUGAGGAGCAGUUUUCCCACGCAUCAGCUGAGGCCCGGGCCCCCCAGGACUCCAAGGAGCCAGUGCGGGGCUGCCUGCCCAUCUAGCUCCUUCCCCUCCUCCCCUGUCACCUACCUUCCCUACCUUGCUGUGUGACCUUGGGGGAAGGCAGCACCCUCUGGGCAAUCAGACUCACCCAAUGCUUAAAGAUAGAAGGGAAGAAAGUUCUUCAAAGACCUUGACUUUGAGGGGAAGGGAGGAUGUGGCUGCUCACUUUUAUAUAUUUAUGUGAAAUUAAUAGUAAGGUAUAAUAAAACGUUUUUUUUCUUU